AUGGGCGAGGUUACAGAGAAACUGCCUUCGGCAGAAGAGCUCAAGGAAGACGUCAAGGCCGCCUCCAAGUCUUCCAUGCAGUCGCUGCGAGCCCUCGCUGCCGGCGGCGUGGGUGGUGUAUGCGCUGUGGUCGUGGGGCACCCCUUCGAUCUGGUCAAGGUGCGAUUACAGACGGCAGAGAAGGGAGUGUACAGCGGUGCAAUGGACGUUGUCAGGAAAACAAUUGCGCGUGAAGGUCUUGCGCGCGGUUUGUACGCAGGUGUAUCUGCGCCCUUAGUUGGCGUAACUCCCAUGUUUGCUGUCUCCUUCUGGGGCUACGAUGUCGGGAAACAGCUCGUCUCUUCUUUCUCCAAAGUCGAGAACAACCAGUUCUCCGUGGGCCAGGUCGCCGCUGCUGGUUUCUUCAGUGCCAUCCCAAUGACUCUCAUCACCGCACCUUUUGAACGCGUCAAAGUUCUGUUACAGAUUCAGGGCCAGAAACAGCUUGCGCCUGGCGAGAAACCCAAAUAUUCGGGCGGCGUCGAUGUGGUGCGCCAGUUAUACAAAGAGGGAGGCGUUCGCUCUGUGUUCCGCGGCUCCGCCAUGACGCUGGCCCGCGAUGGACCAGGCUCCGCAUGCUACUUCGCCACAUACGAGAUCGUCAAGAGAAGGUUGACACCCAAAGAUCCGGUGACAGGCCAGCCAGGUCAGCUAUCGCUAUCCGCUGUUAUGGUGGCUGGCGGUGCUGCUGGUAUUGCUAUGUGGAUUCCCGUUUUCCCCAUCGACACCAUCAAAUCACGACUACAGAGUGCCGAAGGUCGACCGACCAUUAGCGGCACUAUCAAGGGCAUUCACGCCAGCGGCGGCUUGAAAGCCUUUUUCCCUGGCAUGGGCCCUGCCAUGGCACGAGCUGUGCCCGCGAACGCAGCAACCUUCUUGGGUGUGGAACUGGCUCACAAAGCAAUGAACAAGAUGUUUGAUCGGGAUGGAGAGUAAGCGUUGAUGAAAGACCUCCGGUUAUAGAGCAAGACUUGGUGGUAACUCCUUUUCAAUGUAAUUACUUUUCAAGCGAUUUCAAGCGUUCAUCAGUUACAGGUAUUGUGACCCCCUCAGCCGCGAUAGACGUACU